UGGGAACCGGAAAAGACUCACGAAGAAGAAGCAAGGAGGCGUCAUCAGCUAGCCUGCUGGGGACCGUCCGUGAGAUUUUAAGAGUUCAUUUGUCAUUGCACUGAGCCCCCACCCCCCUCCCUCACCAGCACUGCGGGACAGUUGAGAUUUUAGCGCGUCACCCGACCUGUCAUCAUGCCAGGGGCACUAACAGAUUCCAGUCAGAUAAUCUGUGAAGUCUGGGCCAGCAAUCUGGAGGAAGAAAUGAGGAAGAUCCGUCAGAUUAUUCAAAAUUACAGCUACGUUGCCAUGGACACAGAGUUCCCCGGAGUUGUGGUCCGACCCAUCGGUGAGUUUCGCAGCACUGUAGACUACCAGUACCAGCUGCUGAGGUGUAACGUCGACCUCCUGAAGAUCAUCCAGCUCGGGCUCACGUUCAUGAACGAAGACGGAGAUUAUCCUCCUGGCACAACAACAUGGCAGUUUAACUUCAAAUUCAACCUCACAGAAGACAUGUAUUCACAGGACUCUAUAGACCUCCUUCAGAACUCUGGCCUCCAGUUUAAAAAACACGAAGAAGAAGGAAUCGACACACUCUACUUUGCUGAACUCCUCAUGACAUCCGGUCUGGUGCUGUGUGAAAACGUCAAGUGGCUCUCCUUUCACAGUGGCUACGACUUCGGCUACCUGGUGAAGCUUCUGACAGAUGCACGGCUUCCAGAGGAAGAACACGACUUUUUUCAGAUCUUAAACUUGUUUUUCCCUGCGAUUUAUGAUGUCAAGUACCUAAUGAAGAGCUGCAAAAGUCUAAAGGGGGGGCUGCAGGAAGUGGCAGACCAGUUGGAGCUGAAGAGGAUCGGACGGCAACAUCAAGCAGGAUCGGACUCUCUGCUCACAGGCAUGGCCUUCUUCAGGAUGAAGGAGCUUUUCUUCGAAGACAACAUCGACGAUGCCAAAUACUGUGGGAGGCUGUACGGCCUCGGCUCCGGCACCAGCAAACCCCAGAACGGUAUUUCCAGCUCGGGGCAGGAAGAGACCAACAACAACAAACACUGACUGAGCACUCAACCCUCCAAGUGGUUCACACUUGUUUUAAAAGCCAACCAGACCAGCAGAUUUCUGCUCCCAUGUUUCUCAACAGACUUUGCUAAAUCUAUUUGAGCCUUCCACCCGAGUGACUGUACAGUGGGCUCUCAGUGAGAGUGGAUCUUUCACUAGCUCAAUUGUUUCUUUUUAGUCGCUUUUUACCGAGUACAAGGCCAUAUACAGUCUGAACACUUUUUUAAGUCUUUGCUUUUACAACAUUAGUUACAGAAUGGGACCAGCUCCUGUAUCAUACUGUGAUUUUUAGACUCUUCAGUUAAGACUAUCCGCCUCAUCUGCAGGACCCAACUCUUUUUGCAGGGAUUUCAAUGUUGAUUUUUUUUUUUCUUUUUUUAAAGUUCACGCUGGAAAAGGCCUGUAAAUUUAGAGUGUGUAAUUUUGAUUAAAAUUUUAAAAAAAACACAAAACAAAAGGUUUUAGCUCAUUCACACUUCAGGAAACAGACAGCGACGAAGUGUAUAAAUGUUCUUGGUAAUGCAUAUGUUUCAAUGGUCGGACUACUGUUGUUCUCUACAUUCACCAAACUGUCCAGUGAGCUUUACAGAUGUUGUGGUUUUUACAUUCAAAAUUGUUCUGAACAGUUGUAUAUUAAAUUGUUUUGUAUUUUAA